GAAAAUGGAACAUGAAGCUUUGUUUUCUUCUUUUAUCGUCUUUUUAGAUACCAAAUCAAAAUGCUUAAAGAAGGACGAUAAUGUAUGGUGAACACACACAAACACAUAUUUUCAUGCUUAAAGAAGGACUAUAAUGUAUGGUAAACACACACAAACACACAUAAUGUAUUUGACUUUAUUUGAAGGUAUUUGAGGUACUUGUUUGAACUGCAUCUCUGAAAGCUGUCCAAGCCUUAGAGGGAAAGGGGAAACGAGAGAAGUUGAGAAACACUUUCGUCACUACGAGCAAAAAGGAACACAUUUCACAACAAAGCCUGGCUGCCAUGGGUUACGAGAGGAGGGGACAGAGCUUACUGACAUGAACACCACCAGUCACCCGCUGCAGUCAGCCUUCCUCCAUCUCACCGUUCAGUCACUUCAGUCCAGCUCAGUUCCAAAGUGAGUAAUGGGCGCUACUUUACUGAAAGCUUUUGUUGGAGGAGCCAUCCUUUUUGAGUGCAGUUAUAAAGCAGAAGACAAACACAAGAAGAAAUACUUCUGCAAGGCUGAUGACAAGUCCUGCUUAUCCAACGCAAUCCCUCCCCCAACUGACAACCGUUUCUCUCUGUUCGACACGAGCAACGGAUACUUCCGCAUUCUCAUCACCGCACUCACAAAUGAGGAUUCUGGGACGUAUAUGUGUCUUGUAGAGAAGGCUCCCAAUGUUUACGCAAACACCACAAAAACACUGGAAGUAAAUACAGAUCCAGUUUACAUGCCAUCCGUCGUGAAGACUGCUUCUGUGGGUGAGGACGUUGUCAUCGACUGCAAAUACCCAGCCGCCGGUAACAACAGCAUCAAGUACUUCUACAAACAGCAGGUCAUGCCAGCAUGUCCUCAUCUCAUAUCCUCUCAGUCGCCUCAGCCCAACUCAAGGUAUUCCCUGAUCGACGACAACAAAGCACACGUCUUCAGCGUGACCAUCGGGAACCUGACCCCUGACGAUGCUGGGCUCCACUGGUGUGGCGUGAGGACCGGGGGUUUCUUGGAGGGAUCGCCAUGACAACAGAGGUGAAACUGCGCAUCGUCGAGCGUGGAACAGAAGAACCCGCAGUAAUGACCACAGCCAUGGCUGUGUGCAUCCCGUUGUUCUUGGUUGUGGCUGUUAUAUUAUCAGGAGUCGUGAUCCACAGGUGUAGAGUGAAAAUCAGGCAAUCGCAUGUCUCUGUUAUUCAGACUCCACCUCAGGUCAGAGCAGCUUCCCCAUCAGCGACUGCUGGUGAUCGUGCCGAAUCCAUCCAGAUGAGUUUGGACCCCCCCAGGCCCCAGCUCAAGUGUGUUUAUCAGAAUCUCCAACCCGACCCCACCCACCCUCCUGCUGCUGACUACGUGACACCCAUCCCCUCCGACCCUCCUGGUGGUGACUACGUGACACCCAUCCCCGAUGACCAUCCCUCUGAGAACAUCUACCAGCAGCUGGACGUCAGCAGCAGGCAGGCUGAUGAUGUGUACCACACCCUAGAUCCCAAACCGUGUAAAUAGGCAGGCUGAUGAUGUGUACCACACCCUAGAUCCCAAAUAGUGUAAAUAGGCAGGCUGAUAAUAUGUACCACACCCUAGAUCCCAAACUAUGUGGAUAGGCAGGCUGAUAAUAUGUACCACACCCUAGAUCCCAAACCAUGUGGAUAGGCAGGCUGAUAAUAUGUACCACACCCUAGAUCCCAAACCAUGUGAAUAGGCAGGCACACAGCAGGUCACCCAGCCAAAACACAAGAUGGCAAAUGCUGGGAGCCUAUGUGCUUGGUGUGCAUGGUGCCAGCUUAACAAAAUGGCUUCCUUUAGGCUACUGCUGUCCAAGGUGCGCUUUAAAUGUUUCACUGACCAUUUCAGCAUUAGUGGUUAGUUUUCAGCUCAUAUAAAAAAAGGCCAACCAGGUACAACCAUCUACAAAGAUACAAACACAUUAUCAACCAAGCUGUGGUUCACAAAUCCUAAUUUAGAAAAAUACAUGUCCUACAGAGUAAACCACUUUAGUUAUCUUAUUUUGGAAUAUAUAAUGUUAGACACGCACUAACGCAUAGUGACAUGGUAGCUUUGGGUGAGUGAUUGUGUAAUGUAAGAUAAUGUGUGUGUGUGUGUGUGGCUCUCUACUGUUUCUGUUGUGAAAUUGCAAUGGCUUUAAUAAACCAGACCAUUCUCA